GUGUGGCCUCCUCUUCUUACUCUUCUCUGAAAGGAACUGACUCAGGUUUACUCCUUAGGAACAUGGGUCCUCAGAACUCUCCAGCCCAAACUGGUGGUGUCAUCCCCUCUGCUUCCUGCCUGAAUAAAGUCCAAAGCCUGCCUCCAGUACCCAGGCUAUGUUCAGUACUUCUGCCUUCCUCCUCCUACCUCCAAAUCUACUCAUCCCAGUCCUGCAGCAGGCCUGCCUUUUCUCAUACCACUUUACAUCUGGAAUAGCCAACCUGCCCCUCCCACUCUACAUCUGGAAAGCCCAGCUCAAAAGCACCAUUUUUGUCAUCAUUGCCCCUCUCCCCAGGUCUUUCUAAUUCCUUCCUUCGCAGCGCUUCUCUGGACUCCCCCACACACCUCCCUGCUCAUCCCAAAUUCAGGAGCUUCUCAGAGCCAUCGUUUUAUGUUUAUACUUGUGAGACCUGAUGACUCCCCACCAAGCAUCCUGCCAAUUUCCUUGGAACCUUUGCUCAUGACAAUUCGAGAUGAGUGUUACCUGCUAGGGAAAGAGAUCUGUAUCUGGGGCCUUCAGCUGAGUAACCCAGAGAUUGCCAGACUGGCUUCACUUCUGGAAUUGAAGGGGCGCGCCACCUGCCCAUUUACCACCCUGGAACUCAUUGACUGCAGGAUGGAUCUGUGGUCUCUGCAGAGACUGGGCAGGGCUCUGCCAUGCAGCUAUUUGCAUUCUCUUGUCCUGGAUUACUGCAGAUUUGGAAAUGAAGAAAUUGAGAGUAUUUUCUCAGGCCUGGAGAACAACCAAAGGCUUCAAGUCCUCAGUCUGCGCUACUGUGGCCUGGGGCCACAAAACGGGCCACGGCUGGGCUCCAUCAUAUGCCAGAGCUCCAUUUGUGAGCUGCACCUUGAUGGCAAUUACUUACAGUGUUCUGGAGCCCUGGCUCUCCUCAGACCCAUAGCAGAGUACGCAGAGAUGCAGGGGAAAGACCAGCCAGACACCAGGAACUCCCCUCAGCAGCUGCAGGCCAAACAGAGGGCAAGUUCAACUUCGAACCAGAUUACAAAGCCGUCUGGUGCUGAAACAGGGAAAACUGCUUCAGGGAAGGAGAGGAGAAAAAAAGGAAUCAAAAAAAUUAAAGAUUCGGCUGGUCCUUGGUUAGUGAAAUUGUAUUUGGCAGAUAAUGGCAUAGAUGGAAAAGGAAAAGAAGGAGAAAAUGGCUUGUUGGAAUUCACUCAAAUUUUGACAUGUCUGAUCAAAUACUCUGCUCACUUAAGGGAAAUUGACCUUGGAAACAAUGUCCUGGGAGAAAUGGCUGCUACUGACAUACUUGAAGCAUUAAGAGCCAGAAAGACAGGUAAAUGUCCAGUCUUAAAAAUUACAGUCACUCCUCAAAUCUCUUCAGAAACCUUCAGAUCUAUUUGGAAAAAUAGCAAGAAAUCUAGUAUCACCUGUAAAAAGAAGAAAAAGGUAUGCUCUCGGAUGUCUGUGUCUGUGAAUUUCAGCCACCAGGGGAGUGCUGUAUGGAUUCCUGGGCACUAAACUGGGGUAGAUGCCAUCCUCAGCAGAUUUUGCACUUGAUAAAAUCAUGAGAAUUUUGGUUCUGGGUAACAGUAUCCUUGUGAUGGAUGAUGAUUGGACAAAGGACAAGUAGUAAGGGAACAACAUAGUUCCCUCAAAUGUUAGUGCAAAUCUUGCCUCCUGUCUUCAACUUUCCCACUUCCCACCCGAAUCCUGGUUCCUGUUAGCUUAUUGUGGAUUUGAAAUGGUGAAUUUACUCAAACUAUUUAUGAAGCAUGUGGGAUCUAUUAGGGGGUAAUGAUUUACAUAUGUUUGCUCUUUAUUGUAUGAAGUUGAACUUCCUUUUUUUUUUUUUAAUUUGUGAUUCUUGUUCAUUAUUUCACAGGCUAAAAACUGAAUGUGGAUGCCAUAUCUUUUUAUGGGUGCUAUCUAUCUUCAUAGCCUAGAAAGAUAUUGCUUGUUCAAUAAUAAUAGUUUUCACUGGAACCGUGCCUCUUUCAAGUUCUAAAUUUUGAUGACUAUUUUAUGAAAGUUCAAAGUAGUGUUAAUCCUAUAAUGCUUGUCAUUUUCGAAAAUGUAGGUUUCACAAGUUGGCCUUAGUAAAAAUAGGUAGGAUUCUUCUCUGGGGCUUCUUAGGUGCAUGUGAAAUUUAUAAUUUAAAGGAAGUCAUGAUCUCUAAGAAAGAAAGAAACUACUUCCAUAUCUAUAGUUGGGAACAAUUGGAGUAUUUGGAAGUAAUAACCACUUUCUGAAAGACAGCAUCUCCCAAAAUGGGGAUCUUCCCCAAAUGAGGAAACUUCUAAUCACUUUAUCCCCCUGCCCCAUGAAGAUAUCUGCUCCAUGGGAAAGGCAAGAGGUACGGUUGACCGAUGUAUGGAUGAUAAAUUGGAUUAGUUGAAAGUCAUAUGUAUGACAAUAUGGUGCAGGGAUGAAAAACAUGGACUGGGGAAUGAAAUGGACUGAAAUUUUCUGGAAAACUGCUGCUUUCCAGGUGUGUGACAUUAGCCAAGUCAGUGAGCUUCGCUGAGCCUCAGUUUUCCCUGAUGCAAGAUACAGAUAAGAAUAGCACCUGUCUCAUGAGAUGACACAUAUCAAGCAUUUUGGGACAAUACUCGUUUCAUAGUGCAUGCUCAAAUAUAAAUAUUAGUGGCUACUAUUAUUGUUGAUGUUAGAAUUGAAUGUUUCCAGUUAUUUCACUUGGAACAGCUACACA